AUGUCCGGACACGAUUCUAUCAAUUGUUCGGCAAGCCAAGUGCCCCCCGAGGAGGUAAACGAGGCUCCCAAUUGCACCCAUCCCAUUUCGAAUCCCCCUCUCAUCUCCCACCGCCAUGUCCUCCCUCGCCCUCCCUGCCAUGCACCACUCCGCCCACACCCCCUCCCCCCACCCCCCACCCCCCCACCCCUCCCCACCGCCUUCCCAAAUUCAUCCCGCGUCCGCAAGAGGAGCACACCCCCGCUCGAGGAAGACUCGGAUGACGAGGAUGAGGAUGAUAAACGUCGUGGACCGGGGCCGAGCAAGAAGAAGGCGAGUGGCGCUGGGGCGUGGGGGUGGGAUGAUAUGGGCGACUAUAAAUACAUGGUCGAGAUAAGGCAAAUGAUGUUUGUCUUUGGCGAAGUCCAAACCCCCCUAUCCGAAACAGUCAAACUCGUCGAAGAUAUCGUCCGCUCCCAAAUAAUCGAAAUCGUCACCCGCGCCCGUCUCCUUACCCACCUCCGCUCAUCCCGCUUUCUCUCUCCUGAAGACCUCAUCUUCUUAAUCCGAGACGACCGCGCGAAAGUGAACCGCCUGCGCACGUAUCUGUCUUGGAAAGAUGUACGUAAAAGAGCAAAGGAGGAAGCGGAGAGAGCAGGGCAAGGGGAGGAUGUUGAUCUGGAGGAAGGAGGAGGGGAGGAUGAGAAGGGUCUGAAAGGGAGGAAACAGAUGGUCAAGCUGCCUUGGGAGCUGUUGACGCCGUUCACUGCCUUCUUGAGGAGUAUACCGGGCAAGGAAGAGGAUGAAGAGGAAGACGACGACGAGCUGCAGGCAUACGAGGAUUCCAUGCAGCGUCUAAAAGAAGCCGACGAAAUCACAAAGAAGAUGACAAAAGGCGAAUACGCCCAAUACGCUGAAUGCCGCCAGGCCUCCUUCACAUACCGCCGUGCCCGCCGUUUCCGCGAAUUCAUAAACUUUGGCGCCUACCUCGACGUCCGUCCAAACGACGAUAUCGUCGACAUCCUCGGUUUCCUCGCUUUCGAGAUGGUCAGAAGUCUGUGUGUGACGGCGUUGGACUUGAGGGAGAGGCUGGAAAAGACCAAAGUGACUGGUGCCGCCGGCGCGGGAGGGGUAGCGAUGGAGAAGAAGACUUCUUCCAAUGGCGGUGACCCCCAAUCAUCACCCACCAAACCCCCCGCGCCCCUCUCAUCUCCGAUCAAAGAAUCCUCCGACCUCCCUGCAUCUGCAUCUGACGAGCCGCCCAAACCCACACACCCGCCCAACCCGCCAUCCCUCUUUGCUCCUCCGCCUUCUGCGCGCCAGCCGUUGCAGCCGUGCCAUAUCCUUGAGGCGUUUGGGCAGAUACAGAGGGCGCAGGCUGUGAAGCGUGUUGGGGGGAUGGGGAACUUUAGGGGUGGGGUGGUAGGGAGGAGGAGGAUGGCUUUGGUGUAGGCCUCGAAGGUCUUUGAAGCUCUGGUCCAGAUAGUGACGAAAAGAAGGACUGAGCGUCUCAAUAACAGUUAGUCGAUGGUUCUUUGGGUUUUUUGUGACAAGCAUCUCUUCAGUUGUAAUCUGUUCUUCAAUAUGUUUACUAUCAGGUAUAUAAACUACUUUAUUUCCCCCUUGUGUCCUUAUACAUACGUUGUGUUUCUCUUUGUAAAGCAAUUGGUAGCCUUGUCAUACUCAACACAUGUACUGGGCCAAGAAAUGCAGCAUCCCAAAUCAUAUCAGGCUCUUAAACA